AUGUCCUCAAAUGAGCCCAUCGGUAUCACCGGUACGGUUAACCGCCAAUGGAACCGGGUGGCCGGGUUUUAUCUAUCUCGACAUCUCACCCUCCACCUGGAAUCUUCCACCCCCGAGCCUCCUUGUCGCGUGCUCCGACUGCUGGAUCUCACUCACAUUCUGCCGCAUAUCCGGCGGUUGACCCUCAUCUGCCAAGAAAGGCGGCUUAACCCGGUCAUCCGCCUCGUGGAGAAAUUGCAUGAUUUUCAGCAGCUUGAUCUCUUGAUGUGCCCAACCUAUCCGCUGGAGCUGCUGGGUACAGUGGCCGUGACUCAUCCUCAUCCCCGCUGCCGAUUAUCGAUCUCCCCGCUGCUGCAUACAGUCCAGAUUGUCUACCCGGAGGAUCAACAUGUUCCCUACGCGGAGCACUCCGACCGUGCUCUGCGCGAUAUCCUCCGACAGGUCCCCUAUAUUAGGCGCCUGUCAUUGCAGCUCCGGCCUGGUCGCUGGCCUGCCUCUCGCGUCUAUCAGAACUACUAUCAGUGGUUCCGGAUUCAGCCGACGGAGGGUGAGAUGGAUCCAAGGUCACGGACGUGCCUGGAGGUGCUCACGCUCCCAUUAAGCACCACUAUGACAGUCGAGGGGUUUGAGGCCUGGUCCGGGGUGGUUAAUUGGCAAUCCCUCACGGCGUGGGUGCCCGGCAUAAUUGAGGACAUCACCGUGCUGAGCACAAUUGCAAGCCAGCAACCCUUCCGAGCCCUUCAGCGCCUGACCCUCUUCCUGCGGCCCCCGCGGGGCAUUUACCCCCUGGCGAACUGGACCCAAGCGGUUCAAGGAAUGUUCGACGGGCUUCCUCCGCUGAUCUACCUGUGUCUUCUGGGGCCAUACGAGCCGGUUCUCCUCCUGGCAGUGAUCCACCGCCAUGGGCCCACCCUCAUGGAGCUGCAGCUUGACCGUGACAGGCGCCGAUUUCAGCGAGGGCUAACCUUCGGCCGACUCGAACAGAACGGACCAGUUGCCCCAAUCUUCAUGGCAGAAGUUAUCGCUGCCGCGGCCACCCCCUGCACUGUGCUGCGCACGCUGCGGAUCUGCGUGCAACUGCACCGUGGGCAUCCGGUAGGGGCGGCCGCAUACGACGCCCUGGGCCAAUUGGCGGCGUUACGAAUGCUACAUCUGAUUCUGAUCUGCCUCUCCGCUGUGGUUGCCACCGAUCGACCGGCCUCCGAACUGACGCCCUCCCCGCCGCGAGCGUUGACUCCCCUUGAGCAAGAGCUGCUUGGCGGUGGUUGUCCCAAGUGGAUGGUUCGCGACCAAACGAUCAAUUCCGCCAUCGAUGAGUCGCUGGCCACCGCCAUCUUUAUGCGCAUCCAGCGGGGCAAACCGAGCGAUAGCCCUGGGAGGAGUCAUGACAAUGACAAGGAGAUGGCCGGGGCUUGGAAAAUGCAGUUGGAUGAUUUCUCGGGAAUGGUACGGGCGGAAAACCAGUAUCGGCCAUCCCCGCGCCAUAGGACGAUGCGGAGUGCGGACCUAGAGAUUUUCGAGUCAAUCUGGCCUUCGAAUAAUGCGCAAACCAACAAAAUCUGGCCACUGGCUUGGCAAAGUUGCCGCCUACAGCGAGAUAUGUUCUGGUAA